AUGUCUAUCAAAACAAGAGAAAUUCUAUCUAAGGCCCAGCGGAUGAUUCCGCCGAUGCUGGAAAGGUUCCAUAAAGGUCAAUUGGGAAGAGUUGCAGUUAUUGGAGGGAGUGAGGAUUAUACCGGUGCGCCCUACUUCUCUGCUAUGGCCAGUGCAAGGCUGGGCUGUGACAUGUCUCAUGUCAUCUGCACACCAGCCGCUGCCGCCGUCAUAAAGACCUACUCCCCGAACCUGAUGGUGCAUCCUCUGAUGCGGCAGACUCGGCCCACCCUCAACCAGCCGGCCCCGACUGAAAAGGACCUCGAUUCCGACCCGGAGCAUAUAGCCGCCACCAUAACAGCCAUGCUACCUCGCAUCCACGUCCUCGUAGUCGGUCCUGGUCUCGGCCGCGAUCCCCUCAUGCACGCCACAGUAGCUCGUGUCCUCCACGCUGCUCGCAGGAGGGGCAUCCCCGUUGUCCUCGACGCCGACGCGUUGCUCCUGGUGCAGAAGGAUCCCGAGCUGGUCAGAGGCUACCCGGACGCUGUGUUAACACCGAAUGUUGUCGAGUUUGGAAGGCUCUGCGAGGCGCUAGGUGUCGAUACCGAGAAGGCCGUGGAGGAUAAGGAAGGCGUUGUCGAGAGUGAAUCUGCGAGGGUGGAGGCUCUGGCGAGGGGUUUGAAGGGCGUGACGAUUUUGCAGAAGGGGUUGAAGGAUUACAUCUCGAAUGGGACGACGACGCUUACCAUUGAUCUGGAGGGAGGGAGGAAGAGGAGCGGGGGACAGGGAGACACAUUAACGGGGGCGAUUGCGACUUUCUUGGGAUGGAGAAAGGCGUACUUGGAAGAUUUGUGGGAUUCGGGUGAGAGCGAGAAGUUGGAUGAGGAUGAGUUGGUGGGUCUGGCGGUUGCUGCGGGAAGUGCUAUCACAAAGGAAUCUUCAAGGCUUGCGUUCCUGAAGAAGGGUCGAAGUCUGCAAGCGAGCGAUUUGACCGAUGAAGUUCACACGGCAUUCCUCAAUAUCUUUGGGGAGGUAGAUAGAGAUGAGGGCCCGUCAAAGUUGUAA